GUUCUAGAAAGCACACUGUGAUUCCAGAGCUGCAGUGGUACAGGGGAGGGAGCAAUGGCUAUUUAAAGAGGAUAAAAUAACACAAGAUCUUUAGUGCUGAGUAACCGCCUCCAAACAGACACGACAGGAUCAACUGGUCAUCUGUAUCGCGGUUUAAAGAGGCAGGAUUCGACACCAUAGCCACGACGGUGCUUCCAUCCACUUCUCUUUCAGGAGACUGACGAAUCCUCGGGAAGCGGCGCCGACCGGGGUUUGCGCAGGAGAACAUGGGCAAAGAUUUUUACAAAAUUUUGGGAAUCGCGAAAGGAGCAUCAGACGACGACAUCAAAAAGGCGUACAAAAAGCAGGCUCUGAAAUGGCAUCCUGACAAAAACAAGACGGCCAACGCGGAGGAGAAAUUCAAGGAGGUCGCGGAGGCUUAUGAAGUUCUUAGUGAUCCAAAGAAACGAGAAAUAUAUGACCAGUACGGCGAAGAAGGGCUUAAAGGAGGUGGAGGGGUGUCUGACGGGCCAGGAGGCAACUUCACCUACACCUUCCACGGAGAUCCUCACGCGACGUUUGCCACGUUUUUCGGAGGAGCCAAUCCUUUCGAGAUAUUUUUUGGCAGGAAAGCCAAUGGACGAGAUGACGAUGACAUGGAGGUGGAUGGAAGUGACCCAUUUGGUUCUUUUACGAGUUUUAACAUAAAUGGAUUUCCACGCGAGCGGCACGUCGGUCAGGGCGGCCCGCCGCGCAGAAAACAGGACCCCGCGAUCCAUCACGAGCUGCGGGUGUCUCUAGAGGAGGUGUUCCACGGGUGCACCAAGCGCAUGAAAAUCUCACGCAAGCGCUUGAACCCGGACGGGCGGACCUUGAGGACCGAGGACAAAAUCCUCACUAUUGAGAUCAAGCGUGGGUGGAAAGAGGGAACCAAAAUCACGUUUCCACGCGAGGGUGACGAGACGCCUAAUACUAUUCCUGCCGAUAUCGUGUUUGUCAUUAAAGACAAGCCUCACGCCCACUUUCGACGAGAGGGCUCUGAUAUCGUGUACCCGGUCCGGGUCAGUUUGCGCCAGUCAUUGUGUGGAAGCUCUGUCACCGUGUCGACGAUAGACGGUAAAACAUGCAAUAUGAAGAUAACCGAUGUUAUCAAACCCGGCAUGAGGAAGGUCAUUGCUGGCCAAGGACUGCCUCUCCCAAAGAACCCCGAACAAAGAGGGGACCUCAUUGUGGAGUUUGAUGUGAACUUUCCUGACAGUCUGCCAUCUAAUGCCAAGGAUGUCCUCAAACGACACUUACCGACCUCAUAAAUUGAGCUUGGGCAGACUUUUCUAUAUGAACAAUUUAGUCCCCUAAUAUGACAAAUCAAAUUUUGAGAAUGUGCAAUUUCUAUUUUUUAUCUAAAUCUUUGUUAUGUAAUAUAUCUUAUCAUAUAUAUAUAUAUAUAUAUAUAUAUAUAUAUGAAUUAUGUUGCAUGCCUAUGUCAGUGACAGUAUCAACUUAAAGUGCAAUCUGUGUCUGAAUAUUUUUUUGUUCUCACAAAUUUACUGUUAUUGUUAUGCUUCUUUUGAAUUGUGCAGUAUGAAAUGUUUCAUUGAAAUCAGUGUUUUUUUUACAGACUAAAUUAUACUGAUUUAUUUGUUUGCCUUUUUCAAGUAGAUCCCAUAUGUACUGACAGAUUGUGUACUGUUCUUCUUUCUAAAUCCAAAGUAUGUAAUUUUAGUAAAUGAUUGGAUACUAAAAUGAUUUAGUAAAUGAACUGUGUAAUGGUAGCAUGGAUACUUGCCUUCAUUUGCGAUAUUAAAGCAUUGAGCGAGACUCAACUAAUGCCUUUUCAGAGCUGAUAUGUCAGAUCCUUGUAAAUGUGAGCAACAGACUCACAUAAUGCAACUGUCUUUGACAGAGACCAAGAAUUGUGUGCAGUGGGUUCAUAGCAAACCAUGCUUAUUGAUGGAAAGUUAGGAGAGCGUUUUGCAUUGUUAGAAUAAUUUUAUUUUACAUUUCCAUUCUAUUGGCUUCACCUAGUGUCUUGUGUUUGAAGUUUAUGGAUACACUUUUAUGAUAGAUUUCAUUAAAAUAAAUAAAAUAUAGGAGGUACAGAAUCCUCAACUACUGUA